UUCCCUCCAAGAACCCACAAGAACAACUACUAUCGACUACAAACCAAUCUCCAGCCCAAACAAGACAUAUUUUCAACUUCCCAAACCUCACGAUACACAGACCGUUACAAUGUCCUCACCACAUCGCUGCCCGACGAUCUGGUCCUUUCCCCGCGGCUCACCGCGUCAACCAGAUAAGGAACACACGAUACGUAACGAUGAGCGAGAUGCUGAGCAUGUGCAUGAGAAGGAAGGUGAGGACACCGACGCAAACCAGUUGCGGGAUACGAUGACAGCGGGGUUUGAGCGGUUGGACGUGGGAUCGGUAGGUAUUGAGGACCUACAGGGUCAAAAUACCCAACUGGAGAAAGAUAAGAACAUGUGCUUGGAAGAAGGUGUUACAUUCACGCCACUAAUCGACCCUGCAUGGCGCUACACUCGGAAGCCUGGUGGAUUAGGAUUAUAUUCCCGCAUUGGGAAAUCCCGUCAGGAGACACUGGAACAAGCUAACAUGUUGGCAGCAGAGGUUGCGCCGUUCAAGGCCGAGAUCACGCAGUUAGAGGCUAAGGUAGAGAAGCUGGAAGAGGAGAAAAAACACGAUCAGGAGAAAGCGCUGGAACAAAUUGACACGUUAACAGCAGAAGUUGCGCAGUCAAAGGCCGAGGUUGCGCAGUUAGAGGCUAAGGUGGAGGAGCUAGAAGAGGAGAAAUUCUUCAAGCGGUGUACGCUGGAACAUAUUGAGACGUUGACAGCAGAAGUUGGGCAGUUAAAGGCCGAGAAUGCCCAGUCGAAGGCUAAGGUGGAGAAGCUAGAAGAGGAGAAAAAACACGAUCAGGAGAAGGCGCUGGAACAAACUUACACGUUGAUAGCAGAGGUUGGGCAGUUAAAGGCUGAGAAUGCGCAGUUAAAGGCCGAGAAUGCGCAGUUAAAGGCUGAGAAUGCGCAGUCGAAGGCCAAGGUAAAGAAGCAAAAAGAGGAGAGAAAGGAACUGAUUGAGAGUAUGGGAGUACAUAUCCAAUGGGUAGGGGAUGAACUUCGGGUGCUGGAAGCAAAAAGGAUGGAAUUAACCAGCAAGUAGAAGAGAAGUUAGAGGUA